AUGGACGAUUUGUCGCUUCUCCAGGAAUCGCAGGAAGAAGAUAAUGAGAAAUGGGCGCUCAAUAGAAAAACUGUUCCACAACCAGUGCUUCCACAAGGACCUUCAACCAGCCAAAAUGUUCGAAAUAUCCCAAACAUUCAAACUUGGCACGAGAACGAAGAAUUGAAGGGAAAUAUGUAUACACUGCGAUGUGAAGUUGAUAUGUAUAAACAUCGAUAUGAAAUGGCAAAAGAAACCAUGCAUCAAAGUGUACAAAAUGUGCUGGAUGAAUAUGUGACUUUGAAACUGAAUCAAGAUGAUGCGGAUCAAAAAAUUCGUGAUUUCCAAGUCGUCAAUCAACAAUUUAUUGAUUUGAUGAUAUGA